GCCUGGCCGGCGCCGCAGUCGGCGCGGGCCGCGCCCGCCGCCGUAAACUGCCCUGAGCGCCGGCUGAGGCCGAGGGAGACGUCGGGGCCUGCACCUGGAGGGAGCCUGCCGCGCUGGCCCCGAGGAGGGGGCGUUGCCAUGGCGACAGCCUCUCCCGCCGCUGACGGGGGGCGGGGGCGGCCCUGGGAAGGAGGGCUGGUCUCCUGGCCCCCUGCCCCUCCCCUUACUCUCCCCUGGACUUGGAUGGGCCCAAGUUGGGGGCAACACCCUGGGCAUUGGGGGUUUCCAGCUCUCACAGAACCUUCAGCAUCCCCAGCUGGCAGUCUUGGCAUCUUCGAAGUAAGGAGAGUUUUAGAUGCUUCUGGAUGUUCAAUGCUAGCACCUUUACAGACUGGAGCAGCUCGAUUUUCUUCAUAUUUACUUUCAAGAGCAAGAAAAGUGCUGGGCUCCCACUUAUUUUCUCCCUGUGGUGUCCCGGAGUUCUGUUCCAUAUCCACCAGAAAACUGGCGGCCCACGGCUUUGGCGCAUCCAUGGCGGCAAUGGUGCCCUUCCCUCCCCAGAGGUAUCACUACUUUUUAGUGCUGGACUUUGAGGCCACGUGCGACAAGCCACAGAUUCAUCCUCAGGAAAUCAUCGAGUUCCCCAUCCUGAAGCUAAAUGGUCGGACCAUGGAGAUUGAGUCUACCUUUCACAUGUAUGUCCAGCCCGUAGUCCAUCCACAGCUUACUCCCUUCUGUACAGAGCUCACCGGGAUUAUUCAAGCCAUGGUGGAUGGUCAGCCGAGCCUGCAGCAAGUGCUGGAGAGGGUCGAUGAGUGGAUGGCGAAAGAAGGCCUCUUAGAUCCAAACGUCAAGUCAAUUUUUGUCACCUGUGGAGACUGGGACUUGAAAGUCAUGCUCCCAGGCCAGUGCCAAUACUUGGGCUUGCCGGUGGCGGAUUACUUCAAGCAGUGGAUUAAUCUGAAAAAGGCUUACAGCUUCGCCAUGGGCUGCUGGCCCAAGAAUGGACUUCUAGACAUGAACAAGGGCCUCAGCCUUCAACACAUAGGCCGGCCCCACAGCGGCAUUGGAUCAUUGAAGGGUUUUAAGACAGGGAGUGAAAUGACCAGAUUUGUGGCUUAGAAGGACACCUUGGAGGAGAUUGACGGGGGCAAUGCAGUCUCCUAGAUGACUGCAAGAAUAUUGCCAACAUCAUGAAGACACUUGCGUAUCAAGGCUUCAUCUUCAAGCAGACAUCAAAGCCGUUCUGAUUGGCCGAGGACGGGAUGGGGCAGGACAGGGUAGCUGCUUGGCCCAGCCCAGAACCCUCCUUUCCCUCACCAGAGGGGAAAAGGGAGAGUGGCACAGCUCUACAUCCAGAGUGUCCCCCAGCCUGCCCUGUGGGCUUGCGCCCUGGGUAAGGGCUUGGCCACUCGGCCCCUCUGGAGCAGACACUUUGUGCCCCCCACCCCAAUCCCUCAACCUCAGCCCAGUAUUAGCCCCUCCCAUUGUGGGCCUGGGCUAGGGGGACCCAGGCACUCACCGCCUCUUCCCUGGUACACAGGCUUCUGCUGGGGCCACCGAGCCCCCCUGUGCCCCCUCCCAUCUGUAGUGCAUGGUGUGUGGUGCCCCCAGGGCUCCAGGACAGAUCAGGCCCCACCUUGUGUCUACCCCCAUCCCCGCUGUGAACGUGCCACUGAAUAAAGUCGGGGAAACGAG